AAUAAAUAAAGAAACACACACACACACUGACAUAUAUUUAUGAGAAAGCUCUAACUUAGCCAUUUUGGGUUGUGAUUUUGGAUGAAUGCAAGCUAGAGGCAUCGUUUGGAAGAUCAGAAGUGAGAGGAAGAUAUGGAAAAACUGGGAGGUAUCAUAUGGGACACAACAAAGUAUUUGUUUGGGCGCCCCAAACAAGAAGCUCAUCUCAUUUGGGAUUUGGAAGAGAAUCUGCAGUCUCUGGAAGCUAAAUGGGAGAGGCUUCAAGCCAUGAAGAUGGACGUGGAAGCACAGAUUGAAGUAGAUGAGAACACCAGUGAGAUGCAAAGGACGCAUCAAGUCACUGAUUGGCUCAAAAGCGUCCAACACAUUCAAGAGGAAAUAAAAGUUGUUCAAGUUAAAGGAGCUCAGGAAAUCCAAAACAAACGCCUAAGUAAAUGCUGUCCCAAGAAUUGCAUGUCAAGCCACAAGUUAGGAAAGGAUGUUGUCAAGAUGCUCACUGAAGUGGAUGUCAUAACAACUAGGGGACAAAAGUUCGGUAAGGAUUUACCAAUUACUCACGAGCGACGAAUACCAACUAAUCAAAUACCUUUUGGUGAGACCGUGGGAUUAGAUUUGAUAUUUAACAAGGAUGGGAUAAUAUUGAAGAAGAUAAGGUUGGUGUCAUUGGUUUAUAUGGAACAGGAGGAGUGGGAAAGACCACCUUAUUGAAAAAAAUUAACAAUGAACUUGGGAAGAGAAGGCCGGAUUAUUUUGUGAUUUGGGUGGUGGUAUCCAAAGAGCCUAACUUGGAUAGAAUUAUGGACAAUAUAAGAAACUCAGUAGGGAUUGGCAAAAGCUCUUGGAUUUUUUGCAAUAAUCAAGAAGAAAAAUGUGCAAAGAUCUGGGGUGUCUGGAAACAGAAAAAAUUUGUUCUAUUGUUGGAUGAUGUAUGGGAGCAAUUGGACUUAAAUGUGGUAGGGGUACCACAUCCAAAAGAUGCUAACUUUGAGUCCAAAGUGUUGUUCACAACACGAUUGAAGGAUGUGUGUGCAAAAAUGCAAGCUCAAAUAUCAUUCAAGGUAGAAUGUUUAAAUGAAAUGGAUGCAUUAAAGUUAUUUCAAAUGAAAGUUGGCGAGGAAACUUUAAACUCACACCCUCGGAUCAAAGACCUAGCAAAAAAGAUGGCUAAAGAGUGUAAAGGGUUGCCUCUUGCUUUAAUUGUGGUAGGAAGUGCCAUGGCUGGUGUGAAUAGCGUUAAAGCAUGGGAAUGCACAAAAAAUAACUUAACAAGUUCUUCAUGGACUACUCCAAAUUUGGAGAUGAAGGUGUUUUCUAUCCUUAAAUUGAGCUAUGAUCAAUUCCAGAUGAUGGUCACAGAAAGUGUUUCUUGUAUUGUGCAUUAUAUCCAGAAGAUUAUGAGAUUCUAGUCACUGAUAUCAUUGAUAAAUGAAUAGGGGAGGGAUUUCUAUGUGCAAAUAAGACAAAAAGCAUUGGGGACAUUCGCGCUGAUGGCAAGUCUGUGAUUGGAAAGUUAAAAUUUUGCUGCUUGUUGGAGAGUGUUGAAGAUGACAUUGUUAUGAGGCGUUCAGUAAAGAUGCAUGAUAUCAUCCGAGGGAUGGCACUAUGGUUAGCAUGUGCUCAAGAUAAGAAAAUGAAGAAGGUUCUAGUACAAGGAGAUGCAGUGGCAAUGUCCCGUGAUGAUGAUGUUGACCAAUGGAAAAUUGUUGAGAUGAUUUCAAUCAUGGGGGCUGGUGAAGAAUGGUCUGUACCAUCCGAGUGUCCCAAUCUCAUAACAUUUUUGGUCAGGGGAUGCAAGAUAAAUGGAUUGCAGAAUAUCAAAUACAUGAGCCAAUUAAAGUGCUUGGAAUUGAAUGUUUGGGAGAUAGAUGAUCCUAUAGGAAUUUCUGAUUUGGUUCUUUUAGAAUACCUUUCUUUGACUUUAUAUGGACCCAAGGUUCCCAAGGAGCUGAAGAACUUGAAAAAUUUAAAACUACUUACUUUGUCCAUGACAGGAGCUAGCAUUGCAAGUAUUCCAUUGGAAGUGAUCUCAAGUCUUCAACAAUUAAGAGUCUUGAAAGUUUUUUGUUUUGAUGGUGUUGAAGGAGAUGGCAAAGAAGAGGGAGAAUUCCUAAAGGAGGUGGAAUCCCUACCAAAAAUUGAGGAACUAAAUGUUGACAUAUGUACAAAUAAUGGCCUCUCUAAACUUGUUGGCUCAACCAAACUGCAAGGUUGCCUAUCUGUUCUUCGUCUUUAGGGAUCUAGACACCCUCAUUAAGAUGCCUUUAUUAUUGGCAUGCAUGUCAAAAAUGAAGCACCUACGACAAUUUGGUAUGUUCGGCUUGGGCAAAUUGGAAGAUUCUUCACUACAUGACGUAUGUCGUCUUACCAUGCUUUGAAGUGUGUCCAUUGCAAGGUGCGAUUCAAUAAUGCAUGCGACAUGGCUCAAGCAUGCUCCACUCCUUCAAACACUUUACAUUGCGGGUUGCUCUUUAAUGGAACAAGUGAUCAAGGAAGAAGCAACAAAGGAUGAUCAGAAUGUGGAUUCUCCUGUAUUCUCUUCUCUUGUAGAAUUGUAUUUAUUUGAAUUGCCAAAGCUUAAGAGCAUCCAUAGCACACCCUUAUCUUUGCCUUCCCUGAAAUCCAUCUUAGUAGUUGAUUGUCCAAUCCUAAAAGAGCUACCUCUUGGUUCCAGCUCUGCCAAGUAUGAGUCGAUGAGAAUUCCAGGAAAACAAGACUGGUGGAACAACUUGGAGUGGGAUCAUGACCCAGCUGCUAAGCACAAAUUCCAAUCCAAAUUUCAAAACCUAGCGGUUGAUUCAACAACACCUAGAGAUUUUGCGAUCGAAAUGGGUGCAGACUUCUUUCGCCCUGCAGGAUUGGAUUUCUUUUCUUAUUAUAGUUUUUUAUUAAUAAAUCAACUACAAGAAAGUUAAGCGGGGAAAAGAAAAUUUCCUAUAUUACUAUAGCUUCUUGCAGUUGAUUUGAUGUUUGAAAACUUUGGUUUGAAUUUUAACUUAUGCUCAAAAUUAACAAGGGACCAAAUAUGGUAUGUGUAUUAUUAUAUAUUAUUUUAAUGUUAAACCUCUAAGGUAAAGCUU